CUUCUCCGCGAUUUAUACUGAAUCUAAUUUCUGACUACUGCUGCGUUAUAUUUCCACGGUUUAUAUAUUCUUUUCUUUCUUUUUCCAGAUUAGGCAUUUUUCUGUUCGAAUCCAUGACUAUAAAUCUUCGAAGCUUUUGUUUCAAUUCUAUGGAGUGUAAAUUGCCGAUGUGAAAUCUACUGGCGUAGAACGGGAAUUCAGGGAUAUAAUUUUUGGCAUUAGUUUUUCAUGGAGAACAAAAUUAAACGAUGUUUUAAAGCUGGAGAGCUGGCUGAAGCAAGGUCUUUCGAGAAAGGUUAUCGUGGUGCGUGGUUCCGAUGCAGGAUUAAAGAGAUUACAAAGAGAAAUCGAAACCUUGGAUAUGUAUCAGAAUAUUACGACUUCCCUGAUGAAAAAGUGAAGUGGACGAAGUUCUUUCAGGUUCCUCCUUACAAUGUGGCGAAGGCAAAAGAGCAUAGAGAAUUGAUGCUAAGGCCAGCCUACCCACCUAUUUCUACUGAAAAGCAAAUUCCAAGUGUGAUUUCAGAAGUAACAGUAGUUGUUAAUGACACGUGGAAGGUGGGUGAUUUGGUGGACUGGUGGACUACUGGUUGUUACUGGUCUGGAAAAAUCACGCAGUUAUUGGGUAAUGACAAGGCCCAGGUAAUUAAUCAUUUUCCUCGAGGUUUAUUCUUUUGGAAUCUUCAACUGUGGUAUGGCUAUACUAACAUAAGCACUCGCAUAUACUUUCAUGCAAAAUUCAUUUAUGCCUUCUCUUUAAUCCAAAGAUUAUAUAAAUCAUUUAUGCAUAAUUCACUGCAGGAAGGUGACACCGUUAGCACACCUUCUGCUCGUCUUAUCAAACCAAUAAAUCAAGACAGUGCCGACAUUAGAGAACCUGCAAUUCUCGACAAGCAUGAAGAAGAAGAAGAAGAAACCGAUCCUAGUCAGUGCACAGCUGGAUCAUCAUUUAGACUGUCUUCACCUCCUCCCAUUUCGUCCAGCUCAGCUUUUUCAGGUGAAGCAAAGAGAAAAGCGAUAACCGAGGAAGUGAAAUGUACAAAAGAGAAAAGUGAUAACCGAGGAAAUAAUAAUGGAGAAAAUAGCACGAGGGCCAAUACUGAUUCUGCUCAGACUACGACCGAACCUGCCACCACUGAAGUUGCAGAAGACCUUAACUCAGGUUGUUCUCUAAAGAAAAAGAAUAAGAAUAUAGAAAGCGAAAGAGCAACUCUGAAUUCUGCUCGUUCAGACACACUUGAGGCGGCGGUUAUGGAUUUGGAGGAAUACGUAAACAAGGUUAAAUGGCUAAAGAAUAUUCUACAUAACGGGAUUUCGUCUUCUAGCGGCGACGCUUCUAGAAGGUCUCGGUGGGAGUUUGUGGAUACCACUACCAAGUAAAAUGUGUAAGAAUUUCGUUGUGCCUUUAUAACUCCUCGACUUUGGAGGUGAUAAUCCGGGAGCCUUUUUUUUUUUUAAAUAUAUAGAAUGGUUCUUGGCUCCAUUUCUGUACAAAAUUAUAAUUUUCUUAUAGAUAGAGAGUAUUGAAUUAGUUAAAUGUGGCCCAGGUUUUAGUUAACUGAAAUUUAUGUUUUUCUGUUUGAUGAAUUGGUCAACUGGAUUUAUGUCAUGAGUUCAUAUGAAUGUGCUAUUUGUU